ACAGCCCCGAGAGCGGCGGGGCGGGUCGGCUUGGCUUGAGCCGGGUACCCCGCGUCCUCCGUGUGCCCGUCGGUGCCGGCAGCCGCCGUGGCGCUCAGAUUGUGGAAACCUGAAAUAAAAUAUCCUGUGACUGACAAGGUGACAACAACACCGCAAGAUUCUUCAGUGUAUAGUCUUGGACGCAGUGUGCUGAUUGGAAUCUUCUUGUUCAAAGAUCAGAAAGGAACAGAGGGUUUCCCUUGUUUAACAGUCAGACUCAGCAUCCCAUCAUCUGCUUACCCAGGCCACGUGGUGAAGGCAAGCAGCCAUGGCUGAGGAUAGGAAAGACGAAGCCAAGGCACCACACUGGACUUCAGGUCAGCUAACAGAGGCUUCUUCACACCCACAUUCACCUGAAAUUAAGGAUCAGGGUGGCGCAAGCGCUGGACUGGUCAGAAGUGCCAAUGGAUUUCCAUACCGAGAGGAUGAGGAGCUGAGGCUGGGCAGCCACGAGCAGCCAGGGACGUAUGCUCAGACCAAAGAGAAUGGGAUCAACGGAGAAUUGUCAUCAGGGAACAGGGAGACUGCAGAAGAAGUGUCUGCGAGGAUAGUACAAGUAGUAACAGCUGAAGCUGUAGCGGUCCUGAAAGGUGAACAGGAAAAAGAAGCCCAGCACAAAGAUCAGCCUGGAUCACUACCUUUAGCAGUUGAAGAGUCAGCCAACCUGCCUCCUUCCCCACCUCCAUCACCAGCUUCUGAGCAGACUGGAGUUCUGGAGGAAGAAGAAGUACCAGUAAAGAGUCUGAUGGCUGUGGAAGUGAAACCUGCUGCUCUUUCCUGGGAAGAAAAUUUACUUGCAGCCACGAAGAUGGAAUUCCGUGUCCAGGAGGGCACGUGCCCUUUUGCAGCAGAACCAUUAGACACAAAGCAACGUGAAUCUGGGAAGGACAGUAAGACUGUUGAGCAACCUAAAUAUGAUGCCUUAGUUCCACAGUCAGCAAAAACAGAGGCUGCAGAUAAAAAGGAUUCAGAGAGCAAAGACAAAGAAAAAAUGCUUUCACCUCCAUCAGAGUGGAUCUUGAAAACUGAUUCACAGAAGAAAGGGGAAGCCAGUUUUGCAGAACCUGCUGCUAAGCCUCCUGCUCCUCAAGAACAAGAGCACUUGUCAUCUCAGCUGCCUGAAGUGAGCAGGGCGGAAGAAAGGACUGCAGGUGUGCCCUCAUCAACCAACCAAGCUACGGCUAUCAAGUUUCAAGACAACCUCAGAGAUAUCCAAGGUGGUGCCAUCAGCCAUGGUGAAAGUUCUCUAUUGCUAGAAGAACCCAAGGCAGAAGCAGCCAAAAGUGAACUUCCUUCAGGCCCAUCUCCUGCUCUCCCCCAGGAGCUUUCACUAAAAGACAGUUUCAAACCACAUCAGGAACCUACUGAUCAACUGUUUGCCAAAGAUCUCAGUAAGGAUGAACAGAUCCACAGAGACAGGACAUUAUCUCUCCAAGAAGUCUCAGCAGUAACUGUAGAUGGAUUGAAAACUCCAAGCACCCCAAAAAUCCCUCCAUGGGGAGAGGAAAAGGACAUGACUAAGGAUGAGAGUGACGAGGAAGAAAGGUUCAACUUUUAUGAUAAAGGGGAGGAUCAAAUAUUAGAUGUUGGUAAAAUUACCGCAAAAUCAGAAGUUAAGACACUUUCCCCAGACAAAACAGACUUUCAGAAGGAUGGUGAAGCUAAAAAGUCACCUGAUACUGUCAAAGAAGAAAAAGAAACGGACCAAAGUGGGCUCUCAGUAGCAGCAGAUGUGAAAAAGGAGGUGCAGCAAAGCACACAGGUACCCCCAGCUAAGUUAGGCCAUGAACUGACCCUUGAGAAAACAGCAGAGCACCCUGAUACUGCUCAGUUAUCCAGAGUAACAGAGAAAGCCCCUGAGGCACCAGCUUUAACCACUGAGAAGACUCCUACUCUGGAAGCUUUUCUAGAGAAAGAUGUUAAAAAAGAUACUGAGGAUAAGACAAGUCUUGCAGCUCCUCAUCAAAUGAAGGAAGAGGAGGAUCAGUCAGGAAUGUCAAAGUAUUUUGAAACCUCUGCUCUGAAAGAGGAAGCCUUCAAAGCAGAUGGUCUGAAACAAAGCAGUGAUUACUAUGAGCUAAGUGACACUAAAGAGAGUAAAUAUGAGCCUUAUCAGAGAGGUCCUCUAAUACCUGAAGAUGAAGAGGAGGAGGAAGAGGAAGAAUUACAGACAGAAUUAAAUCAGCAGCAGAAUGUGCAUGCUCGUGAAAUGGGGUACAGUACCCUGGCUCAGGGCUAUACACCAGACACAUCUGAAGAACCCAGUUCUCCAACAGAAAGAAUGUUCACUAUUGACCCCAAAGUCUAUGGGGACAAGAGAGAACUCCACAGUAAAAAUAAAGAUGACCUAACUCUGAGCAGGAGCUUGGGACUUGGGGGGAGAUCUGCAAUUGAACAGAGAAGUAUGUCUAUUAACUUGCCCAUGUCCUGUCUGGAUUCAAUAGCCCUAGGAUUUAGUUUUGGUCGUGCACAUGAUCUUUCUCCCCUCGCUUCAGAUAUUCUGACUAACACUAGUGGAAGUAUGGAUGAAGGUGAUGACUACUUGCCAGCAACCACACCAGCAUUGGAGAAGGCCCCCUGCUUCCCCAUUGAAAGCAGAGAGGAAGAUGAGCACACAGAAGAAGAAAAAGUGAUGGCAGAAGAAAAAGUCCAGCCUGAGACCUUGGCUGAACCAUCUUUCCAAGCCAAAGAUUACUACAAAAAUGGGGCUGUCCUGGCUCCUGACCUGCCUGAAAUGUUAGACUUGGCAGGGACAAGAUCUAGAUUAGCCUCUGUGAGUGCAGAUGCUGAGGUGGCACAGAAGAAGCCAGUUCCUUCUGACACUGUUGUGGAAGACAGCAGCACAGCCCUGCCACCUGUGACAAAUGAAAACCAUGUAAUUCUGAAAGCUGAAAGUCAGCUGGAGGACUUGGGCUACUGUGUUUUCAAUAAGUACACAGUACCUCUCCCUUCUCCAGUUCAGGACAGUGAGAAUUUAACAAGUGAAACCUGUCCCUUCUACGAAGGCACAGACGAAAAACUGAGACGUGGCCUUGCUCCUGACUUGUCUUUAAUAGAAGUGAAGCUGGCAGCUGCUGAAAAAUCAAAAGAAGACUUCCUCAGUGAAAGAGCUUUAGGUCAGCAUGGCGAGUCCACUCUGGUGAGGGACUUUGAGGAGGAGAAAAAGGAGAAACUGGAUACUGUGCUAGAAAAAAGUGAAGAUCAAGUUGACUCUAAAGAGGUCUGUCCCAUUAAAGGAGCAGAACAAGAGAAGACAAGAGCUGAGGGAGUGUUAGAAAGGAAAGAAGAAAGCGUGGCUAGUAAAGUUCAUUUACCUGCCGAUACAAUGUAUGACAGAAUUUCUGCUUCAGAGAUAGCAGAGAAGACUCUUAGUGUUGUUCAUGAAAUAGCUGAAAUACACGAUAUGGAGGUAGCCGCAAGGAGAGCUGACCAAGAAUAUCAGAGUAAGUUAGACACUAAGAUCAGUGAGGCUGUUUCUCUUCCAUUAGGGAAGGACCAAGCUUCUCUUAAAAAAGCAGAGCCUGAACCCAAAGACACUCAGCAGAAAGAGGAGACCAUCUUCUCCAAAGAAGCAAAGGAUGCAGAUGUACUUUCCAAGACUGAACCUAGUUAUGCAAAGGACAGCAGCAAACUGUCAGAAAUAGAAAUUAAGGAAAAAGUAACUAAGCCAGAUCUGGUACAUCAAGAGGCAGUUGAUAAGGAGGAAUCUUAUGAAUCUAGUGGAGAACAUGAUCAAGCUCAAGAAAGUUUGAAUGGAGAAUCUGUGAAACCAGAGGAUAUCAAAGCAGAACCUCCAAAACCUCCCGUGUCUGGGGAAGAGAUGCCUACACAGGUACCAGCUAAGGGGACUUCUGUGGAGCUCCUCUUUCCAAAAGCUGAGCCUCUCCAGGAGGAGCCUGCUGAGAUUCAGAUGGAGAGCAUACCACAGCUUGUAGAAGGAGUUCAAGAGGCUCUUGACAGGGCUGUGAAACCUACAGAAACCCAAAAGCUGCUGCCAUGUGAACUGGCAGCUGGGGCCCCGAAAGAGGAAGAAUAUGAGGAAGAGGAGGUGGAAGCAGGGCAAGAAGCAAAAGAAGAGGAUAAACAGCAUCUUGUAUCAGAAAUGCCCCCAGAGUUUGGCGAGCCUGCUGCAGAAGAAAUGGGAGCCAAGGGUAGCCCAGAAGCCCUGCCUGAGCUGAAAGGCAUUAUUGAAUCAGUGGUGACAGUGGAGGAUGACUUUAUCACCGUGGUGCAGACAACAGUUGAUGAGGGUGAAUCUGCUUCUCACAGCGUGCGAUUCGCUGCUACUCAGCAGGAAGACAUUGAAACAGGAGACUCCCAGGCUGAGGAGGAGCUAGAUGUUGAAGAAGUGGAAGUUGAGCCCAAGGAAGGCUCCCGAGAGGCUCCUGCUUCGCCCCAGAGAGAAGAAAUUCUGCUCACUAACUACAAAACAGAGACGUGUGAUGAUUACAAAGACGAAACAACAAUUGAUGACUCCAUCAUGGACACGGACAGUCUCUGGGCAGACACUCAAGAUGAUGAUAGGAGCAUCAUGACUGAACAGUUAGAGACUGUUCCUAAAGAGGAGAAAGCAGAGAGAGAAGUGCGAAGAUCAUCUCUUGAUAAGCAUAAAAAAGAGAAACCUUUUAAAACUGGGAGAGGCAGGAUUUCUACUCCUGAAAGGAAAAUAGCUAAAAAGGAACCUAGCACACUCUCCAGAGAUGAAGUGAGAAGGAAAAAAGCAGUGUAUAAGAAAGCUGAACUUGCUAAAAAAACUGAAGUUCAGGGCCACUCUCCCUCCAGGAAAAUAAUUUUAAAACCUGCUAUCAAAUAUACUAGACCAACUCAUCUCUCCUGUGUUAAACGGAAGCAGACAGCAGCAGGUGGUGAAACAAACCAGGCUCCUGCUGUAUUUAAACAAGCAAAGGAAAAACUCUCAGAUGGAGUAAGCAAGAGCCCCGAGAAGCGUUCAUCUCUCCCAAGGCCUUCCUCUAUCCUUCCUCCUCGACGAGGUGUUUCAGGAGACAGAGAGGAGAACUCCCUCUCCCUCACAUCUUCUCUUUCCUCUUCAGUACGACGGACUACCCGAUCAGAGCCAAUUCGUAGCAGAACGGGAAAAAGUGGAACUUCUACCCCCACUACUCCUGGCUCCACUGCCAUCACUCCAGGGACACCACCAAGCUAUGCCUCCCGUACUCCAGGCACUCCAGGGACACCCAGUUACUCCAGAACUCCCCACACUCCUGGGACCCCCAAAUCUGCAAUACUGGUACCUACUGAGAAAAAAGUUGCCAUAAUUCGCACUCCUCCUAAAUCUCCAGCCACUCCAAAGCAGCUACGAGUUAUUAAUCAGCCUCUACCUGACCUCAAGAAUGUCAGGUCCAAAAUUGGGUCAACAGAUAACAUCAAAUACCAGCCUAAAGGAGGGCAGGUACAAAUUGUAACCAAGAAGAUUGACUUGAGUCAUGUGACUUCCAAGUGUGGCUCACUCAAGAAUAUCCACCACAAACCAGGAGGUGGGCGUGUGAAAAUUGAGAGUGUGAAACUGGAUUUCAAAGAAAAAGCUCAGGCUAAAGUUGGUUCACUGGAAAAUGCCCACCAUGUACCUGGUGGUGGUAAUGUCAAGAUUGACAGCCAGAAGCUGAACUUCAGAGAGCACGCCAAGGCCCGUGUUGACCACGGGGCUGAGAUCAUCACGCAGUCACCAGGCAGGUCCAGCAUGGCCUCGCCACGCAGACUCAGCAACGUCUCAUCCUCUGGAAGCAUCAACCUGCUUGAAUCACCCCAGCUUGCUACCCUUGCUGAAGAUGUCACAGCAGCCCUUGCCAAGCAGGGGUUAUGAAUUUGCUCAUUUUGCGUUGUAUGAAGUAAUAAUAUUUAGGCAUGAGCUCUUGGCAGGAAUGGGCUCAGAGCAGGUGUUACGUUCAUUCUUUACCAUGUCUAAGUUACAUCCCAAGACUUGUAGUUACCAUACAGUUUAAAAAAAAAAAAAACAGAAAAAAAAAUGAAUUCCAUAGAUGCAGAAAUUGGCCUGACCUCCAUUUACAACAGGAAGACACUGGCUUUAUAUGGGUAUACAGCGGUAUGUUACAUUGGACAAUUAUUGUUGCUCUGCUCUGUCUUGCAUGGAGUACUGUAGUAUGAUAAAAAUGCAUUUUUACCUUUCAUGUGCCUGAAGGCCAUCCACCUCUUUCUGAAGAGCCUUGUUAAUAUCCCAAGUUGCUCAUUUCACAGUUCUUUUGAUAGAUGGGGAAAUAAAAAAGAAAAGUUGCCCAUUGUAAGUUAUUACAGGUUAAAUUAACAGUCUGCUUACCAGAAGGAAGGGCAUAUAGGGAAAUUGAACUUUAAUUAAAAAAAAAAAAAAAGUUACUUUGUAUAAAUGAGUAGAACAAAAGUUGAAUUAAGUUAUUAACAUUUUUUGAACUUGGUUAAUUAUGUCAGUGUAUAGCUGGAAAGCCAAUAAAUUAUUUAAAUAAUAACUAAAAAUACUAGCUGAAAACAUUUGAAUCGUGCUUUGGGAAGUGACGUAAAAAAGCUGCUGAAAGCGAGCACUCAUACCCCAACAGACUUGUGUCUGAUUAGAAAAGUUGGUUAAGCAGCUAGAUUUGUGUGCAUACCACCAGUUCCACAUUCUUUCCAUCUGUUUGAUACAGUAUUAUAGAUAUAUAUAUUUCUCUGUGGCCAUUUGUGAUACGCCCUCCUCAUAUACUUGAAUAUUCUACUUCUUUAUUCACAGUAUCUGUGUCUCUUGCACCCUUUGGUGUUGCAAUUUUAGGUAUGUAAAAGUAGAUGUUAGCAGGGGGUUUUUUCCCUAUUCAUAAGAAUACAUUUAAAAAAGAUGAAAAUUGUAGCAUGAAGUUGCUUUCUGUAACAACUAAAAGCUGUGACCCUGUUUUAGUGACAGAUGCAAGUCUAUUCUGUGAUGCUAGAAAAAGGAUUCCUUCCUUCUUCCCUUCCCUCCCUUUCUUCACAAAGGAAUGAUUUUUGUGGGGUCCAGAUGUUUGUAAAAGAGUCUCCAAAGAAGGCUGAGUUUGGACUAUGGAUUUUUAAAAAAUCCACAAUAGUUUGGUUCUUUCGUUCUUUCCUUUCUUUCUUUCUCUCUUUCUUUCUUUCUUUCUCCCUUUCUUUCCUUUCUUUCUGUCCUUUCUCUUUCCCUCCCUUCCUUCCUCAUCUUUGCCUUCAUUCCCAUAGUAACAAUGAAUGUUUGAUUUAUUGUUUUUCUUUUGCUAAAGUUGAAACACAGAAAAAAAUAUUAAGAUGUUGUUUCCACUCCUUUAGUGAUGUCUCACAUGUACACUCAGGCACUCAGAUAACAGUGAUAAUCGUAGCAGAGAUGCCUGUAAAUUACAAUACAUGAAUAAAUAAAAAUCAGCUCCCUAGACUGGUUGUCAUAGUGAUUCAUCAAUUAAAUAGGGCAUCUUAAAAUCUGAGCAAAGUGGGAUUAUGUUGACUAUAAAAAGUAUAAGAAAAAGUGUGCAUGAAAGAUAAAAGGCAGAUACAAACCAACAGAUCUAGUGGAGUUACCUGAGAGAACACUGGUGAUGGGGAUGAUCCUCGGCAACAGAUCAUCACCUGCUGAUGCCCUAUGUACAUGAGACAUUAAGGAAUGACCAGUUUGCAUUCUUGCAGAUUGUUUUAUCUUUUCCUUUUGAAACCUCCUAAUUGAACUUUGCACUGUCAGUUGAGCUAUACUUGAUAUAUGUAUUAGGUUAAUGAUGUGUUCUGGAAACUUUCGAUCUGUUCUUUUUCCUUCUUAAUUUUAAUGUGUGUGUGUUGGGGUUUGGUCUGAAAAGACUCACAGAGAUUUUUAUGUCUGUGGAGAUUCUAAAAAUGAGUGGCACAGGAUUCCCCAUCAUUACAUUCAGGUAGUAAUGCAGUUACUGGACAGUAAAUAUUCAGUGGACCAAAGUGGGGUUUUGGCUAAGCUGCUACAGCAGUACAAACACAAAACGGAGUGGUUAAAUCUCUCAAACUUUUACUGAAUAAGAACUUCUGACAGCCCCAAACAUGACAUUUCAGCUCUGCAAAAAGCUUUUUCACACAAUAAAGUACCUAACACUGUUUGUAAGUCAGUUGUUUCAUACAAAAUACAGUGAGUUUAGAACCAUCUCAAGUGCAAUUGGAGGAUUCUGAUUUCUGCCUUGUAUUUGUUACACUUCUGCUUAAAGUAAUCCUAAGAAUUCACAUGGAAACAGUGUCAAGUGUGGUACAUUCAAAUCUUCUUCCCGUUUUUUCCUAAAAACAACAGACAGAAAGGAAAACUGACAGUAUUUGUAUCACUUUGCUCUGAUUAUGCUAUCAAUUAAUAUAAAUUAGCCUAGCAGUGGUUUUUCUUUCUAUGCCUUUUGCCAGUGUAGGAGAAAAACUAUGGUACUACUGAACCUCUGCUCUCUGAACCCGAGCAGCAUCUCAUGGGAACAGUGUUAACCUGAGACUCAAGUGUUUCUAUUCUGCUUUUAAAAUUGGCAUACUCUAGAAAAUAAGGCUUAGUUAAUCCACCUAUGAGUCCAAAGUUAGAGUGUGUAACACACCAAGUCAUUUAUUUCAUGCAUUAAAAUGAGCUUUCUUGUUUUGACUGAAGCAAAGACCUAUGUAAUCAUUAUCAUCCUUCCAUAGAAAGAAUCCUAGAAUGCUGUGGAGUUAGAUGAAAAGGAAUUAAGAGUUUUGUGCUUUUGAAUAAUAAUUUAAAAAACCAAGUUAUAUUACAUGACUCUAGAUGUUCACUGAAAAAGCUCAUAUUAAUCUUAACUUUCUCAAGAAGAGUGUUCGUUUUAAAAACAACAGUUUGUAAAUAUGUAAUGCCCACUAAAGAAGAUAGAGCCAGCUUCCUGGAAACUGCAUCUGUUGUGUUUCUUUUCUACAGGCAUGUUGAGCCAGCAGGUUUGUUGGGUGCCUGAGACCCAAUUGUGUAACAAAGCAGAGGUAAUCCAGACAAAAGGAAUGGUGAAACCUUGUUUGGGUACCUAGGGGAGCACCCCAAAUUUAAUAAUCAUCGAGUUGUAGAGAUGAAAGAGUGCUUCUGCCUCAUCUGCAGAGUUCUGUUUCUAUGUAACCACAAGCUGAAACAAAUCAAAGUUGAGCAAACCUGUGUCCAGCAAGAGUAAAGGAAAAACUAAACCUGAUGAGGAAAAUUAUGAGCCCACAAGGGCAAUAUAUAUUUUCACUGUACAGCAGUAAAUGGAAUUAAUUAUUCAGUCCUCUGCUAUGGUACAGUAGUAACCUCAUCAUGACUGCUCACACGUCUAAGUUUGCCUAAAUACGCGACUCAAAGGGAGUCAAAAGGCAGCCUGUGUUGACUGCCACAUGAGCAGAAGUUUUUUUCCAUGCUGGACUAAAUAGUGUUUGAAACCCAAGUAUAUGUCCCUUCAAAGGCAAAUGCCUUGAAGAGUAGAUCACAUUAGCUGUGAAAAUCAGUGCUGGUAGAUUUCUAGCCUAGGUGUCUGUGAGUUCACUCACUAGUCAGAUUGCUAAAGCAACUCCCUCUGCAGCUGCAGCAAUUCCCACUGCAGGAAGGUAAAUUAGUUUCACACUGGGAAAAGUCAAGCGUAUAAAAGCCACUUCAACUUUAGCAAAGAGAAAAAGCCACCAAGUAAACAUGCUGUAUGCUGGGAUAUCAAGGAAUACAGUCUGCUGUUACAAACCUGUGUUUUUUCUGAUAAUUCUAGAGCCUGUUACCAUAAAAGAGGCAUUUCUUGAAUGGCUGGUGGUAGGUAGUUCAUGUUUUUCAAUCCGAUUUGCAAUUGUAUUUGUUGCUGUAUAGUGAUUGUUUUGCAAAAUAAACUCGCUUGUCAUCUAA